CUGCUUGUAAGGGCUCUGGCAUGGGAAAUACAUGGAAGCCAUUUUUUCCGAACUAGGAUUGUGCCUCUGAUCAUCUAGUGCCUAAAAUCUGAGCUUCAGGCGCUGUUGCAACCGUGCGCGCCUCUUCCAGCCCCGGAGUUUAGACGCCCACGGGGAGGGUUUUUUUUAAAAGAGACAGAGAUCCGUCCCUCUCGGCUGCCGGCGCUGACGUGUCUCCCCUUCCUCUCCCCAGCCAGCCAGCCCAUCGAUCGCACGUGAGUCCUGCAGCGUCUACUUGUCGUGAUCGGAGACGUCCUCUAUCCUCCGUCCUGAGAGACCCGGCUGGGCCCCGCUGGGACUUGCGUGCGCAGCCCCGCCCCAAGGUGGGAGCUCCAGAAGAUGCCCAUCAGUGUGCAUGACUUGAUGCAGCUCCUGUGCCGUGUAUCGGAAGAGCGGAAAAUGAAGGCUGCCUUCAAGCAUUCGGGGCGAGGGGCGCUUGUGGCGGGGACAACUGCUUUCAUCGGAGGCUUGGUGGGGGGCCCACCCGGCAUUGCCGUAGGGGGCGCUGUUGGUGGCUUGGUUGGUGCCUGGAUGACCUCUGGACAGUUUAAGCCGAUCCCUCAGAUCAUUCUGGAAUUACCUCCCGUGGAGCAGCAGCGGCUAUAUGACAAUGCAUAUGCCAUCAUUAGGAAUUUAGACUGGACUGAUACAGCACAGCUCAUAGCCCUGGUCAUGGGAAAUACUGGCAUUCAAGAGCAGUUGCUAGGUGUGCUAACGAACUACAUCACCAGUGAGCUUAGAGCUGAAAUCAAGUAUGAAAACUAGAUUGCAAUGUGGGAUUUGAGUGGACUUUUUUUUUUUAUAACAUGAAGAAUAUUUUAGAUCUGUUAGGAUAAUUGAUUUUACAGUAGCAACUGGAGAUUGUGGCAAAGUAUAAAUUUCACUCUCAUCCUGCAUUCCUCAAUAGGAGGCCCAUAUCAUCUCGGGAUAGUGUCUUCAGCUGCUUGAUGAGUCUCCACCUUGGGCUUCCACUUUCUGGAUUAUUAUUACCUUUGCUCCAAUGUCUGUCUUUGCUGCUGCAGCUCCUGCUGCCUCAGUUUCAGCCCCCAUGUUUACUUACGAUGGCGCAUAUAUGCACACAUAGAGAAAUAUGUUCACUGGAUCCCACACACUCGUGGCUGCUAGGACCAGCAAGUGCAUGUUAUGGCCCUGUCCUAUUGUAGCUGGUCAGUUGGUGGAACUAACCCCAGUGUAGGGAACUUCUGGCCAUCCAGAUGUUGCUAAACUACAACUCCCAUCAGCCCUACCUAGCAUGACCAACGGCCAGGGAUGAUGAGAGUUACAGUUCAGCAACAUCUGGAGGGCCAAAGGCUCCCCACACCUGGGCUAAUCCAUCUGGUGUUCUCUGAGUAACACUCUAUGGGGGUGACAACAGGACUCUAUGGGCUUGCAUGAAUCUCUGUAGUAUUAGGAGAAGGUAAUUGAAUUACACUGGGCAGGCAGCAUUAUUAUACUAGCUUGCCCAGAUCUCAAAUAUUAGGGAUAGGUAAUUGCAGUAUGUUUGAAAUAUUUAGCUGUGUGGUCUUGGUAUGUCAGAAGCGCACUCCAAAAGCCAAAAUCUAUACACACCCCUGGAAAAAGCAGUCCCACCUAAAAAAAAAAAGUCAACAAACUCAAAAAAUAAGGAGGCAACUCCCCCCAAACAGGCAAAAUACCUCUCCCACAUCCCAUCUCCCAAGCUUACCAAGCAGUAACAGGGUCCCUUUUCUUUCAUAUGCAUCUUUUUCAAGCAGGCAGCUGGAAUGCUAGGCACAGACCUCCAGCUUCCCUGCGCUCUUCCUUUCCUUUGCUAAGAGGGGGCCCAGGAACAUUCUGGGGAAGGGAAGGGGCUGGAAUUCUCCAGGUAGCCCUGCAAAGCCCAAGGUAAAAGAUAAGGGAAAUAAACUUUUAAAAAAUUAAUAUUUAAGUGUACUAAAUUGGGAGGGGCAGGUGCCAAAGGGGGUGUCUGGGGCGCACCGUGGCUCCUUGCAGGCACCAAGCUGGGAACUCUGGUAUGAGACGCCUACAAGCAGGACAUGAGUACAACAGCACUCUCUCCACCCGUGUUCCCAGGUAGUACACAGCUACCAUGGCUUAGUAGCACAUGAUUUGUCUAAUCCACUUUUAAAGCUGUGGUGGCCAUCACUGCAUCUCAUGGAAGAGAAGUCUGUCGUUUCACUUUGCACUGUGGGAAGAACAACUUCCUCGUGCCUGGGCCUGAAUCUUAGGAACAUGGGAAACUGCCUUAUACUGAAUCAGACCAUUGGUCCCUCUAGCUCAGUGUUGUCUACACCGGCUGGCAGUGGCUCUCUGGGUUUUCAGGCAGGGGUCUCGCCCACAUGAGAUGGCGAUGCCAGGGAUUGAGCCUGAGACCUUCUGCACGCAAAGCAGAUGCUCUGCAACUGAACUAAGGCCCUUCUCCAUUCUUCCAACAUUCGGCUUCAUUGGAUGACCCCUGGUUCUAGCAUUGGACGUGAGAGUAAUAUUUUUCUCUGCCCGCUUUCUCCAUUGUGGAAGUCUUUGAUAUCGCAUAGCUCCUGGUGUUGUCACCCAGAGAUCGUAGCAUUUGGACGCUUGGCGAUUUUGCUGUUUUUUAAAUUAUCUCGUUUCCUUUUGCUGUGGGGGGGGGGAGGACAGUUAGAAGCCACCAGGUACUUUCUUAAAGGUGCAGAGCCAAUAACAUAGCAGAUCUGUGUUUUGUGUGUCCCUGUGUUCUCUCCCCAUGCCGAAAUCAAAUAAAUUAUCACACAAUGUCA